AGGGCUGCGUGAUGAGCCUCUAUGUAUUCGUAUAUGGACAGUGCCUCUGCUCGCAGUUUCUUCCCUGCACGAGACUGCAGGGACAGUGGCUGAGAAGUGAAAGCAGAAGAGAGGCUGAGGAGCAAACCCUCCUUCCUUUUCUGUAGCUGAGUCCACCCCUUUCUGCUUACUGCCUUUCUGCUGUUCCCAUUCUCUCCUCCUUUUCUCAGGAGAGCAAAUAUUGAACUCGGAAAGACAGCUCCACAUUUCCAUAGACAUGGUAUUCUUUUCCUCCCUGACCCCAGUCUUUAUAGCUAUUAUAUGUGUUUUGAUUGGAGUAAUACUGAAGAAGAAUAAUGGAGAAAGAGGAAAACAUGAGAUUAAAAGCAAGCCUCCAUCUCGCCCAUGGGUGGAUGAAGACUUAAAAGAUGGCUCUGACCACCAAGUAGAGGAAGAAGAGGUUGAUGAAGAGUGGCAAGGAUUUGAUGAAAAUAUUGCCCACGUCCCCUUCACCGCUGAGCGCUACUCUGAGGCUGAGAUGAUUAAAAGGUCACAAGAGUUUUACAAACUUCUUAAUAAGAGGCGGUCUGUCAGGUUUCUCAGUGAUGAGCCAGUCCCCAGGGAGGUUAUCGAUAACGUCAUCAGAACAGCAGGUACUUCACCCAGCGGAGCGCACACUGAACCCUGGACCUUUGUGGUAGUGCAAGAUCCAGAGAUAAAACACAAGAUUCGGGAAAUUGUAGAAGAAGAAGAAGAAAUAAACUACAAAAAAAGGAUGGGAGACAGAUGGGUUAAUGACCUGAAAAGACUGAGAACCAACUGGAUCAAAGAGUACCUGGACACUGCUCCUUAUCUGAUUCUCAUUUUCAAGCAGGUUUAUGGGAGACUUCCAAAUGGCAAAAGGAAGACCCAUUACUAUAAUGAAAUCAGUGUUUCUAUUGCCUGUGGUAUCUUGCUUGCUGCACUGCAGAACGCAGGCCUGUACACAGUGACCUCCACACCCUUGAACUGUGGCCCCCAGCUGCGGGUGCUGCUCCAGCGCCCCGCAAAUGAGAAGCUGCUCCUGCUGCUCCCGGUCGGCUAUCCCAAGAAAGACGCCACUGUGCCUGCGCUGACCCGAAAGCCGCUGGAAGACAUCAUGGUGUUCAUGUGAGCCCUGGGCUCACGUGCUCUUGUGUCUGUUAGUGAGCAUUAGUCCUCUAAAGUUGUUGCUGCUUUUCCUGUGAACUGUGCCCAGUUUCCAUCCUCCUACAUCACUGCAGCUCUGGCUAUUUACAUCUAUGUAUCUUUUGGUGCUGGUAAUAACAGCAGCUGCUCUACUAAUAGCAAGCAGUCAAGAGAUGUGAGUUGAACAGGUACUAUAUCAAUGAGCCCAGCUGGACAUCUGAGGGACCUUCAUCACUUGAUUUUUCCUUUGUACUCUUUGAGACAAAUCUCUCCUUGAACUGGAAUGUAUCUGCCCCUAAUAUUUUUGUGAUUACC